GGACUGAACUCUUCCCGAGUUCAGCGCUACAUGCAAGAGCUGGGCAUGCAGCUGCUUGGGAUCCAGUGUCCAUGUCUAUGCUGGUUUUGGCAGGUAUUGAAAACAACACCAACACCGGCAGUUUGGGUUAUGAUUCGAGUUUCACCAGCUACAGCUUGCUCUCGAACACCUGGAGUGCGCACUCUUCCUUAGGAUCUGGCCGUGUGGGCCAUGCAGUUGUGUGGGAUUCUGAGGCGCCUGCGCUGUUCACCUUUGGAGGUUUCAACACCACUUACUUGUCCGAGGUUUGGCGGUAUGUUUCAUCCCCACUACAGUCACUGAUGGUUGCAAGUUGUCAACUGGGCCACGAAUGUUUUCUCAACAGUGCAACUCAGACCAGCGUUUCCUUGAUAGUGAAGCAAACUUGUUCAGAGGAGUUUGACAUUGUUUUGAAAGGCUGGGCCUCGGAUGACAACAAGCUCGCAUUGAGAGACGCUGCAAACUCAUCACUUUUGUUUGUGGAACCGGGUGACUACCGUUUGUGUUUGUGCUCGCAAGCGGUCGAAUGCACGCAGUCCUUUGGCUUUUUCAUUGUGGAAGGACCAUAUUCCAACCAGCAAAGCCAAUGUGUACUGGGGUCUCAUUGCAUUGUGUUUUGGCGAGGGGUCGGAAUUUCCAGCAGAGAUCAUGUGGUGGCCACGAAGAAAUGUGGCGCAGCAGAAGCAACGGUUAGCUUCGGCCAGCGGCCCAUUGUCAUUCAGUCCACUUCCAAUCUGUCAAGUUUGGACAACAAAUCUAAGCUCAACUUAUUUGGGUUGGACUUGGGGUUUGUUAGCCUGACUGGUCCGCCGGAGGUGGUGGAGGUGUGCUGGUGCCCAGAAACUCAUCAGUGCAGCGCGCCUGAGGAUUUCCGUGCCAUUGCUGUCCAACUGCAGGUCGUAUGCCCGCCUGGCAUGCACGAGCAUCAGGAAGCUUUGCAAAGUUCCUGCCAGCAUUGUUCAUCGGGCCAUUAUUGCCCUGGAGGAGUGGAUGCGGAGGAGAAGCCUUGCCCUUACGCAAGCACCACGCCACCUAACGCCAGUGACUUGUCUCAAUGCGCGUGCCAGAAGGGAUACUAUUGGAAUAUGGGUGCAUGCAUUGCAUGCCCCACAGGGUCAACAACCCUGGAAGAUGGUGCUGUGUCACUGACAUCUUGCACAUGCAUGCCUGGCUUUGUCAACACGCAGCCCAGCAACCCUGCAGCAUGUGAGGCAUGUGGUGUUGGAUUCUUUUGCAAUGGAGAGUCGCACAGACAAGCUUGCCCGGCCAACCAUACGACUGAGCAGGACACCUCUGGCAAUAAAUCCCACUGCGUGUGCUCUACUGGUGUUUAUUUAAAGGACGGUUCCUGCACUGCUUGCCCAGCAGGUCACUUCAAGAUCGAUGUGGGAAACAUGCCGUGCCAGAAAUGUCCCCAUGGCAGGUGGAGUGGUGUGGUUGGAGCAGAUACAUCGCUGGUUUGCACAGCUUGCGUUCCUGCCUUGGAGGUGACGUGCUGUGUCAGGUCAAGCAAGCUGUUGGAUCAUUCAAUUCCGAAUGCGUCGGAAAAUAUGGGAACCUAUGCGCUGAAGGCUCCACAGGGAUGCUGUGCGGGGAAUGCCCUGCAGGGUGGGCAAGACCAUCUCUCCAAGAACCGUGCGAACCUUGCCCAAAUGGUGCGGUGGGCCUGUUUUUCCUCAUCCUGGCUGACGUGGUUUCCAAGGCGUGCAUCAACUGUAUUGUUGCGUCGUUGGCAGCUACUGCCGCAGUGCGGGGCAGCAGCAAGCUGCACACAAGCAUGAUUCGCAUUGGAAGCCAGUGGCUUGCUGCUUGCUCUGUUAUUGCGACAUUUCGCUUUGACCAACUGCGUAUUUUGAGCUUUUCCAGAACUAGCCAGGGCCAGGAUGAGGCUUUUCAAACCUUGAGCUGGCCACCAGAAAUCACACGCGCAAUGAGAACAAUUUUUCAUUUCCUCUCGCUGCAACCUGUUCUGGUUUCUGUGGAUUUAGGGGCAUCUUGCGCAGCUGAAGAUUUGUUUCCGGGCGAUCUUACCGCGAGGAACAUGGCCCCAGGUAUAUACUCAAUCUGCCUUCCGCCUCUACUGACAGUUGGCAUUAUAGUCCUCUCAUAUGUUGUUGUACAUGGUCUUGUGCCACUUGCGAAUCAGCGUGGCAUUGUGUUCAACCAGGCGGAUAAGAACAAGAAGGCAAGGGAAAAAGCUGUGAGCAGACUGCAAGAUGCUUUGGUGCCACUGUUAGCAGAUUCUGGCCUAUCAUGGGAUGAGAUCCAGCAGUCAGGAGUUUUCGAUAUGAUUUUGUCCGCUUUGGAGGAAGCCUGUGCCGAGCCAAACAUUUUCCUGCGAAAAGCAGUGACGACGAAUAGAGCGUUGCUUUUGAAAGCCUGUCAACUCAGGGCUGCGGAAUCGGAGCUUUCUUCCUUGACCAAAUGUAGCGAGGCUGAGAUCUCUCGAAUUGAGAUCUCGGAUUUGAUCGAUUGCGAAGAUUUCAAUGCUUUGCUUGACAACGUCAUAUCUCGAGCCAACCAAAGGGGUGAACAAAAUAGGGAACCGGUUGCAAACCCUCCGAAAGAAGACGAAAAUGGAGAGCUGAGAGACGCUGGUCUGGGUGAUGAUGGACCCAUAACAGGCCCUCAGACUGAUUCAUCAGACGACGAUGAGGCACGCAUCAGUGUUUCGCCUGUGCAUCAGCCGAAAGCGGCGGAAGUCAACUUGGCUGAAGAGAAGCCAGAAGCUCCAGUGUCGCAAGAAGACAACUCCAUGGAUUCGUUGGACUUUGGCUUGUUCUCGCCCAAAGCCCCACUGUCAAAGCUAGUGAUUCAGAGCUUGCCCAUUGUGUGGAUUGGGUUUCUAUCUUUGUGGCCUGCACUUUUAUCUCAAUUUCUGCAAAUGUUGUGGUGUGUGCCUAUCUUGGAGGAUGAGACGGUUGUAAGUCGACUGCUGCCCAGCCCAGAUGUGCGUUGUGGGUCCAGCGAUCAUCUCCCAUCAGCUGCCGUUGCGAUUUGCGGACUGCUUGGCUGGUGCGUGGGGAUUCCAAUUGCAUUGGCGGUGAGGCUGGUCAGCUUGGAGGACAGGCAAACUCCGGAGAAUUACCGGAAAUAUGGGUAUUUCAUUCAGGGCUAUGAGCCGCAAUAUUGGUGGUGGGACAUUUUGAUUAAGCGGGCUGACAUUGGCGCGAUGAUGGUGAUCACCUACACCUCCAUUGUGCCGGACUCAGAGGCAAAGCUGAUGUUAUUUCCAGUUUUGUCAGGCCUCCAACUUGCAAUGGCUUGUUGGAUCAAGCCAUUUUCCAACGAUCAGGCUGAAAUACUUGACGUCUUGGAGGUGAGUUUGGCGGCAAUACGUUUUCUCCUCUUCAGCUCUGUUGGGGCCUUGUUGAUUUUGAAUCCGUCUGCGGGGACGGCCUCUUGUUUGGCAACUAUGCUCUUUGUCGCCUUGCUCACAGCUUGCGUCUAUUUUAUUCUCCACGUGGUGGCUCAACUCCUCCGAGAUGCUUCUUUGAACCCUGAGAAGCCACCGGAGGGUUUCUCGAAGCCGAUCAUGAAGAUUGUAGGCCGACAAAUGCAUUUUGCUGUUUGCGCAGGAAUCCUAAAUGAAGAAAAUUGAUGAAAAUUGUCCUUUUCUUACGAAGGCCAGGCUGAAGGUAGCGAACGAAGUG